AUGGCGUCCGAAAGCUACAAAGUACCAGAGAAAAUGAUCAAAAACGUUUUUGAUCUCAAUCCAUGGUACUUCUCGAAGGCCUACGAAGAGUACCUAGCGUUCUUGCAUCGUCUCAACGAUUCAGUAGUCGGAGUUCACACAACAGCGGAUAUGCGAUGUUCCGAUCUAGUAAUUGAUUUCAUCGAUAUGUUGGAUACUCUCGAGAAAUGGAUUGAUGAAAUUCCUCUGGAAGACACAUCUGAACAGCGAUUCGGAAACAAAGCUUAUCGUCGAUUCUACGAAAGACUCUGCAAGGAAGCAACUGAACUAUUGAGUCGCGUUCUCCCUCCGAACACUCAAGGUGCCCUUAUUGAAUUGGUACCGUAUUUCACAGAGGCAUUCGGAAAUGCUACUAGAAUCGACUACGGAUCGGGACACGAGGCCAAUUUCCUCAUCCUGCUUUUCUGUCUUCAGAAAAUGCAUGUUUUCACUGAUAAUGAUAACCAAGUUCUGGUUCUUCGUAUUUUCCACAAGUAUUUGAGAGUGUGCCGCCAUUUGCAAAUGAAAUUUAAAAUGGAACCAGCUGGAAGCCGAGGAGUUCAUGCCAUUGAUGAUUUUCAGUUUGCUCCUUUCAUUUUUGGAAGUGCUCAACUCAUCGGCUCGAAAAACUUAGUUCCUGACAGUUAUUUGAAGGAAACGGUCGUUGAGGCAAAUGCCCAUCUCAGUCUCUUCCUGGAUUGUGUCAAGUUCAUUAAUCAAACGAAAACUGGCCCUUUUCAUGAGCAUUCCAAUCAAUUGUGGAAUAUUUCGGCAGUUCCGCACUGGAAGAAAGUGAAUAGUGGAAUGUUUAAAAUGUACGAAGGAGAGGUUCUAAAGAAAUUCCCAGUUGUCCAACAUAUGAUGUUUGGCUCACUUUUCUCUUUUGAUCGCUCGGAAACGAUGAAAGAAUCAACGGAAGAUUGUAUUCCGGCUUCUCAUGAUCCAUCAAUGCCUCCUAUCGCUUGCCAGAUGCCCCAAAGAGCCCCAGCCCAGCAUGGCAUGUUCUCUUUUCAAAUCCCUUCUGUAGCUAAUACAUCAACGGUCCGUUCUUCAAGUGUUGUAGAGUCAGGCGAUUUACGCAAUCUUCACAAAGAAAAACAUCCAGAGGAACACUGUCCACCACCAAUGGCUGAGCCAUAA